AUGGCUCGCCAACAACGCAUAAAGGACAGGCGACCGACGUACACGAUGAAGACACUGCAGCAGGCUCAGAAAGGGCAGAGAGCAUUUAUACCUAUUCAUGUCAAAAAGUGCGACAGCACGAUCCGACUGCGGCGACAAACUCUGCCACCUGCAGCCAAAUUUGGCACGAGCUUUGGGGAGGCGGCGCUAACAUUCCACCGGGGUUGA